AUGGGAAAUACAUCGUCUCAGCCUGAACCAUUCCCCGAAAUUCCUGAAGAUUUUGGAGAUACCGUUCCUGAAACUCCGAAUUCUUCCAAGGCUGAUGGGACGAAGAAAAAGAAGAAGAAACAAUCCUCCUCAGAAUCCAAGGCUUCAUCGCCAGCAAUUGCGGAAGCCAAUGGUACAAAGCGCUCCCCAGAAUUAGACACCAACAUGUCGAAUCCUUCAAAGCGAAAGCGCGAGUCUGAACCUGAGCACAAGAAAAAGACUAAGAAGCAUCGCAAAUCAGAAAAGUCCGUUGUCGAGUCAGCUUCACCAGAAAGCAACUUACCCCCCUCUGCAAUUGCUGUUCAGACUUCCCCCACUCCCAGCCAACCCACUCCGUCAAAGCCCAAGCCUUCGGCGAAGAAGGCUCGCAAGCAGAAUGGCGAAAACUUGAAAAACCCCACUUCGUCCGCUGCUCAGCCUACUCCCGACUUAACGGUUGCAGAAGAACCACCCGCUGUAAAGCAGCUGGCUGCCACCGAGCAAACUCCAGCCCCUGACUCACCCAACCCCGAGGGUAGCACCACACCAGGAGGCAGGGCCAAGGGAGUUAGAGGUUCACGCACUAGGGAGAAGGACAACUUGAAAAUUGGCUUCUAUACGCCGGAUGAAGUGCGAAAAAUCGAAGCGUACAAAGUCAAUUUUUGCACCAUGCAUGGCAUUUCUAGCGUCAAAUUCGAUGAGAUGGUUCAGCAUUCUGAGCGUGGUGCAAACGGUGAAUUUCCAGUCUCCUCGGACGUCAUCUCAAAAAGCGACUUUUGGAACGAAGUCUACGCCCUUGUUCCAGACCGUGAUCGGCGAUCUGUGUACCGAUUCAUGCGCCGACACUUCCAAGCUUCGGCUCAAAAGGCACAUGAUUGGUCGAAGGAACAAGACGAUGAGCUUAUCCAGCUCCACGCCAAACACGGUCCGAAAUGGACUUAUAUUGGUAAGCUCAUUGGGCGCAGUGAUGACGAUGUCACUCAACGCUGGAAGAACAAGCUCGAGCACCAAGGCACCAUGAACCAAGGCGCGUGGUCGGAGGAGGAAACCAAGAUUUUCCUUGACGCCGUAGAAUCAACGUGGGUCACUAUGAAGCCAGUGCUUGCCGAUAAGGCAGGCAAGGACAUGUACGAGCUGGAUGAGCGCCUCGUUGUAUGGGGUAACAUCAGCAAGGAGAUGGGUCACACGCGGUCUCGACAACAAUGCGCAGACAAGUGGCGCAAGAUCGUGAGGCAGGUCAUGACCAUGCGGGCCAAUGGCCAGCCAGGCGCGGUGUUCGAUCCCAAACUCGCUGCUAAGAAAAGUGCCCACUGGAACAUGAGACUGGAGGCGCAAAGAAAGAGCUCUCAAUUCGUGAAUGAGGAUUCUGAUAACGACGAAGCCAUACAAAGUAUCAUCUCGAGCCUAAAGGCAGCACCAUCUUCCAUUUCCAAUGCCAAUGUCGAGUCCGACCACGAAGCGCAGUCCGAGAAGGGUGAGCCCGACUUGCCCGAGCCUCCUAAAAAGGAUAAGAAGUCAAAGUCCAAGCGGAAGCACAACGAAGACCCCGCCUCUGGCCCUAUCAAGGAAGCCCCGUCGUCUCCCGCCGCUCCUAAAAAGAGCAAGGAGGAGAGGAAGCGCGAGAAGAAGGAACGACGAGAAAAGGUGAGGCAAGAGCAGAUUGAGCAAGAAGUCCAGGAGGACAAGGCCGCACGCAAGGAGCGCAAGCGGAAGAGAAAGGAGGAGAAGAAGCGAAAGAGAUUAGAGGAAGAGGAACGUAUUGCUGCCGAGGAGGCCAACAAGGCAUCUAGCAGCGAUGACGAGGCCCCUGAGCCCCCCCAAAAGAAGCAAAAGUCCAAGAAGCAGAAGCAAGCUUCGAGUGACAGCCCUGCCCUUUUGGCUGAACCCUCUCAUCCUGUUGUCGAAGAAUCCCCAUCGCCCGCAUCGCCUGCUUCUCACAGACCUGCCACUGAACAUGAUGCUGUCGUCGACGAAUCCGACUCGGACGGUGGAGAUGAUGACAGCAGCGAAGUCAACGUUAAGUACGAGACUGACUCGGAUGAGCUUUGA